UUUACGGAAUUCCCUUUUUCGCGCUUGCGCAAUGACUGGCCGUCAAAAUCCGCCAUACUUGUUAUUGUUGUUGUCAUGGGCGGGAACGCAUAAACAAUGCAGAAGAAAGAAAAGUUAUCCCCGUAUGCCUAUGGGUUACCGGCCGAGGCUAGGACACGAUACCAGGAGAAAUUGGCAUACAAUAAAGGACUCGAUAGGCUUCCUGAUCCUUAUGCUAUCACUAAAUCUGAAUGGGUGAACGACCCCAGUAUUUGGCCUGAACUUGACUUCGGUCAAGUUUACCUCUACUUAAUCGAAACACCAUCAAUGUUUAACAAAAGUGCAAUGAAAGCUUAUAAAAGCUUAGAAGCUUAUAGGUAUGUUGAAAGUGGUCAUGUAGACCAGAUACAGAUUUACGAUGUGAAUGGAAGUCCUUUCUGUUUUUUGAAAGCUGAUGUCAUAGGGUCGAUGAAAAUUCGGGACAAACCACACCAACCUUGGGUCUGCUUAGCUAAAGAUACAGCAGACAUAUAUUGUGCACAUUGUACAUGUCUAGCAGGAUUGGGAGAAAUGUGCAGUCACAUUGCUGCAGUACUAUUUAAAAUAGAGUUAGGAGUUAGAUAUGGUGUGACACAAAAAUCAGUUACUAGUGAGGAAUGUAAAUGGAACAAAGUUUUUAGAAAACAGGUUGAUGUCAGCUCAAUUAUGGACAUACAGCACCUUAUGAACAGUAACAGAAAAAAGAAAUUGGAAUGUGUUAUACCAUCAAGCAAAGAUCCAUUACCAGACAAAGCUGUGUUAGAAUCUCUUUCUAAGGUGUGUCCUAAUGCUGCAUUCUUUUCUCUAAUUCCCCCGAUGAAUGAAGAAGUAACAGUAGAAACAUCAGUCAAGGUGAAACACACAAAAGAAGAAAAAUUACCUAGACCUCUUACAAGUUUUUAUGAUGUCACUAACAAAGAACUUACUUUACAGGAAUUAAUCGACAAAUCAGAUCAACUUUUUAGGAACUAUCAUUGCUCAAUUUCUCAAUCUGCCAAUCUUUUCAAAAUUACUGAAGCACAAAACAUAAGUCCCCUAUGGUUUGAACAUAGAAAAGGUAGAAUUACAGCUUCAAAAGCUCAUGAGGUUUUAACAUUAAGACCAACUACAAAUCCAAAUAAAUUGAUUAUGAGAAUUUCAGGAUACAACUCAUAUGAUCUAAGUAAGAAAGAGGCCAUCAAAUGGGGACUGGAAAAAGAAGCAAUAACCAGAGAUACCUACAUCCAAUAUAUGGAGAAAAACCAUUCAAAUUUUCAAUGUAAAUUAUCUGGAUUGAAGAUAUCUGAACAAAAUUAUUUUCUUGGUGCUUCAGCUGAUGGUGUUAUUUCAUGUAGUUGUUGUGGACAAGGAACCCUGGAGAUAAAAUGUCCUCACAAGCAUAAAGACAAAUCUUCAAUGGAUGCGGCCAAAGAAGACCCUACCUUUUGUUUGGACACACAAUUACACUUGAAAAAUAGUCACAAAUAUUACACUCAGGUUCAGUUUCAAAUGUUUGUCUAUGACACUGAAUAUUGUGAUUUUGUUGUUAUGACAAGUCCAAAUGAUGUUCUUUUGCUUGCUAUCGUUAGAAUUUGCAGGGAUCCUGAGUUUUGUAAUACUUUAAUAAGUAAGUGCACUUACUUUGUUAAAGAGCUAUUAAUCCCAGAGAUACUUACAAGGAAAUUGCUACAUGAUUAUAAAGUAGCAAACACUUCAGUCAAUGAUGUCACAAAAGAGAAAUAUUGCUUGUGUGAAGAACCAGAAUAUGGCAAGAUGAUUUUCUGUGAUGGAGACUCGUGUGAUAUUGGAUGGUACCAUUAUCAAUGUGUUAAUAUUGUAAGGAAACCAAGGGGAAAGUGGCUUUGUCCAAAAUGUAAAAAAUAA